CUGCCAAUCUUCACUGUUCAGGAGGACAGUGUGAGGAAUGCUGCAGCGGUGAUAGCGAGUCGGCUGCAUGCUCGUGCGCAGCACAAUGCUCUGGAACGACGACGUCGCGAUAAUAUCAAGGAUAUGUACGGAGCGCUGAAGGAUGCGAUUCCUGGAAUGAGGAGUGAAAGAGUUUCUCGGGCUGCUGUUCUAAAAAAGGCUGUUGAUUUGAUCGUGGCAAAGCAAGGCAAACUGGAGGAUAUCUUGGCGGAAAACAGACGUCUGAUGCAAGAGAAUGACGCAUUGGAACGUGAGCUGCAAGGCAUACAUAAUGCGUGUAUUGCUGUACCCGCACUUCUCGUAUGUCAUCGUUCUUCCUGCUUCGAGAAGAGCGGCCCUUUUGACAUCUUAACUAAAAGUCGCUAA